AUGACUCCCUACUUUGACGUCUCCCAUCUUCCCUCCUCAACUUCCUUCUACUCCGCCAUUUUCCAAUCCCUGGGCAUCCACUAUAUAUCUACGGAUUCCCAGACCGCUCCCCCGGACGCCAACGCCAACGCCAACGAAGGCGCCGACACCGACUCCAAGACGACCAUCACCACCACAGGCCCUGGCAGACUUCCCAGCACCGUCACAUACGGUAUACUGUCCCCGCUCACCCCCAUUUUCCAGAUCCGCGAGGCCCGCAAUUCCAGCGAGCCCCUGAAGCUCUCUCGCGCCGUCUUUUCUGCUCCCUCCCCCACCGCUGUCACCGACUUCCACGCCUUUGCCGUCCGGGCCAAUCCGAACCUGCUGUCCAGCGUCCCGGCUGAUCACUUCACUCGUCCCGCUUUAAUCACUCAAAGUGGCGAUAUCCACCGGGCUACUGUGACCGACUUGGACGGUAACACCAUGGAAGUUGUAUAUCAACCCCCUCCCAACUAUCCUCCCUCCUACGCUGGGUCUACUGUUCGAAAGACACAGUCUACCACGGAGGAGGCUGGCCGCAUUCUGGAUUGGAAUUACGACGUUGCAGCAUCCGAACCCCCGCCGCCGCCUUCUGUUUCCGGUUCCGCUACUGCCGGGACCUUUUCAUCAGUCUUCGCCAUGGCUGCUCGCUCUGGUUCAUUUCCCGGUAACGAACCCCCUUACACGAUGCUCCGUCGAAGCGUCACCACCUCGGUCAUCGAAUCGCCAACAAAAAGGGACGAAACCCCAUCUCAGCCCUCUCCAUCAAGCGGCGGCAUCGCUACAAACACUAUAGUCGGAAGUCUUUUAGGUGCAGCUGUUGGUGCUGCCGCCGGCGCUGCCGUCACCUACGGAAUGAUGCGCAAGGAACGUGCACGAGCUCCGCGCCAGGAGUUUGACGGCUCCGGAGCCGCCCCUCCGUUCCAACGCCGUUCCACCUUCCCCGAUCAAUAUACCGACCCGCAGGCCGGACGUUAUGUCGAGGUCGAGAGGACCGUCGAGAAGAUCCGGUACCCAGAGGCUUACCCGGCACUAUCGGACAACCGAGCACCUCCUCAGUACAUGGCCAAGUACAGCCAGGUCGGCGCUCGAAGCCGUGCCGCCGAUGACCUGUACGACGACACCCGCAGCCGGCACUCGUCUCGCUAUCAGCUCGAAAGAGGCAGCAGUGUUCGUUCUCGCAGCCAAGCCGCCGUUCCCCGAGCCGCCCCCCUUAUGCUCACUGAUUACGAGCACCAAAGUAACGCAGGCUCAAGACACAGCAUGGCUAGCAGGUCGGCCGUGCCCCGCACUAUCGUUGACGAUGCCGGAACCUACGUCUCAGCCCGAAGCGGGAGGUCUCAGUCCACUAUCCGUCCGCCCCCGCCCACUGUUGAGACGAUAUUGGGCGGGCGAAGUCAAGCACCUAGCCGUGCACCCAGUCGUGCGCCGACUAUGGCCCCCAGCCUUGUCCCGAGCCGCACACCCACCAAGGCGCCGAGCAUGGCAUCGAGCAGGGCACCCAGCAGGGCACCCAGCAGGCCUCCGACUGUUCAAGGCACCCAGCAGAGCACCCAGCAGAGCACCAACCAGAGCUCCGAGUAG